GGCCCGCCGGCCCCGGCCGCGCUGCUCCCAAUGACAUUCCGAGCGCGUCCCGGUGUCUGGCGGCUCUGGCGGAGCGCGCAGGUGACACAGCCGCGCCCCGCCGCCCCAGAGACGGCUUCUCCCCGUUUCACCGAGAAAUACUUGGGGAGCAGAGCCCCCCGUGGCCGAGCCCUCCGCAGCUGGGCGCGCCCUCGGCCGCAGCGCCGCCGCUCCCGAGACGCCGCCCGGGGUCCGGCGAGCCCGGGCCGUGCAGCCGGGCGGGGCGGGCGGCCGGCGCUGUGUCCGUGCCGUGACCGUGCCGUGCCCGCCGGCGGCGCGGGGCGAGGGCCGCGGGGCGGGCGCGCCUCCGCCGCCGCUCCCGGUGCCUCCGCUCGGGCGGCUCCUGGCGGCGGCGGCGCUCGAGCCCCUCCCGGCCGGCAGGUUCGGCGGCGGCGGGGCCCGAUGGCGAGACCCGGCGCUGCGUGCCCGCCGCCCGCCCGCCGGGUGAUGGUGGCCGCCCGGGCGCUGCUCUUCUGGGCGCUGGUGUACAGCUACUGCGGGGUGUGCGCCUGCAUCGCCGGGCUGCGGCUGCUCUGGAGCAUCGGCCGGCGGCCGGGUGAGACCUUCCGCUGGGUGGUGCGGGAGAACCCCCCUGCCUGCCUCAACGACCCCUCCCUGGGCACACACUGCUACGUCCGCAUCAAGGAUUCAGGGUUACGAUUCCACUAUGUGGCUGCUGGAGAAAGGGGUAAACCACUGAUGCUGCUACUUCAUGGCUUUCCAGAAUUCUGGUAUUCCUGGCGCCAUCAAUUGCGGGAAUUUAAAAGUGAAUAUCGAGUGGUGGCCCUGGAUUUGAGAGGUUAUGGAGAAACAGAUGCUCCUUCUCACAAGGAAAGUUACAAGUUAGAUUGCCUGAUAGCAGAUAUAAAGGACAUUUUGGAAUCUCUAGGAUACAACAAGUGUGUGUUGAUUGGCCAUGACUGGGGAGGAAUGAUCGCUUGGUUAGUGGCUAUUUGUUACCCUGAAAUGGUGACUAAGCUCAUUGUGGUUAAUUUCCCUCAUCCUUCUGUAUUUACAGAAUACAUUCUACGACAUCCAUCACAAUUGAUUAAAUCUGGUUACUACUUCUUUUUCCAAAUGCCAUGGUUUCCUGAAUUCAUGUUUACUCUAAAUGAUUUCAAGGUCCUGAAAAGUUUAUUUACCAGCCAGGCCACUGGAAUUGGAAGGAAAGGCUGCAGAUUAACAGCAGAAGAUAUCGAAGCUUAUCUGUAUGUCUUUUCACAACCUGGAGCACUAACAGGACCCAUUAACCAUUACAGGACUAUUUUCAGCUGCCUACCUCUGCAGCACCAUGAAGUCAUCAUGCCAACCCUGCUGUUAUGGGGAGAAAGAGAUGCAUUUAUGGAAGUUGAGAUGGCAGAAAUUACAAGGAUUUAUGUUAAAAAUCAUUUCAGAUUAACUAUUUUGUCUGAAGCCAGUCAUUGGCUCCAGCAGGAUCAACCUGACAUAGUGAACAAGUUGAUAUGGACCUUUCUUAAGGAAGAGACAAAAAGAAAAAGAGAAUGACUGUACAUGUUUUAAGAGGUCUACGUAAAAGCUCUUCAGAUUUAAAACCUAAUUGUUAUCAGGGCCAUAUUUCCAGCCUGCCUUCUAUUUUGAGCUCUGUUAGAGAAAAGUGUUUUCAUUGUACUGUAUAUUUGGACACUAAUGUUACAGCUAAAAGAAGUGAAUUUGAGAAUAUAUGAUACCAACAUUGGUUUUACCUGUAUACUUGUAUUUUGCACAUAAAAACACCUGCCUUAAGAUACAUAUGUAUUUGUACAGAAAGAAAAUCAUGGAAAGUUGCUUGGUUUUGUUUUCUCUCUUGCUUUACGGUUUUAAUGUGUGGUGCCUUUUACAAAUUUAUAAUGAAACAAUGGAGUGGUGCCAUACUGAAGAAAGUCACGAGUUUUCAUUCUAGAUUUGCCUGAAUUUUUUUAAUGUAUUUUACCAUUAAACAGUAACUAACUCUUUUUAUCUAUAUUUUAGCAUACUGAACGAUUGAAAAUUUUCUGGGGUACGUUUCUAGUCUUUAAGUGAAUAAUGAUACGUAUCUUGUUGUAUUGUUGAAUGCAGCUGCUUUGUGCAAUGUGUUUUUCUUUCUUGACUAAAAAAUGGGAAAUCUGUACACUCAACAUGUCUGAACAAGAAAAAUGGAAAAUUAAGAUAUAACAUGUAUCAAAUCCACCUCUGUCUAAUAAAAUGCAACUUACACAA